UUUCUAUUAUACUGUGAAGGAACUCGAUUUACAGAAACGAAGCAUCGUAUCAGUAUGGAAGUGGCUGAAUCCAAAGGAUUGCCUAAACUCAAACAUCAUUUGUUGCCCAGAACCAAAGGUUUUACGACUGCUGUCCAAUGUCUCAGGGGAACAGUUUCAGCAGUGUAUGAUGUAACAUUAAACUUCCGAGGAAACAAAAAUCCAUCCUUAUUAGGAAUUCUUUAUGGAAAGAAAUAUGAAGCAGAUAUGUGUGUCAGGAGGUUUCCUUUAGAAGAUAUCCCUUUGGAUGAAAAAGAAGCAGCAAAGUGGCUUCAUACACUUUAUCAGGAAAAG